AUGAGCUGCAAUCCGAGUUUUGGAGGCAUUGGGAAAGGUCAUCUCAUUAGGGAACUCGACGCAUUGGACGGUGUAUGUGGGCGAAUUUGCGAUCUAUCUGCAAUAACCUACCAAGCUCUGAACAGAGGCCAAGGUCCUGCAGUUCUUGGUCUUCGAGCACAGAUCGACCGACUUCUUUAUAAAUCUCAUAUGCAGAAGGUGGACGUCUGUUCUCGACUAUUAGGAGAUUGCUUGAUGGCUUCAGGCACGUUGGUUGGUUUAUACCAAUUAACUUAUGGUGUGUUUAGAUCAAAAGCUGUAGUGAUAGCAACAGGAACUUUUUUGGGAGGCGAAAUAUUUGUGGGAAAAGAUAGAUGGUGUUCUGGUAGGAUUGGAGAGAAGAGCGCAACUAGCUUAUCGAAAUCUUUUCGUCAGUUGGGUUUCCGUAUUGGACGUCUUCGUACUGGGACGCCUCCACGGCUUGUCAAAGAUACCAUAGAUCUUUCCAAAUUUCAACUCAUGCCUCCUGAUGCUGUUCCAAUACCUUUCUCCUUUAUGACAGAUGAAAUGUGGCUCCCUCCAAGUCAACAGCUCCCUACAUAUCUUGGAUAUACAAAUGAUCGUGUGCGUGAAAUUGUGGAAGAGAAUUUAGCUGACAAGCAAUAUAUCCAGGAAGAAGUGAAUGGUCCUCGUUAUUGUCCAUCUUUGGAAUCAAAAGUCGUUCGUUUCCCAAAUCUUCAUCACAGAGUGUUUCUGGAGCAUGAGGGGCUAGAAUCAGGUCUGAUUUAUCCUCAAGGAAUGUCCAUGACUUUUUCACCGGACAUCCAACUUAAAAUAAUGAGAUCUAUUAAGGGACUUGAAAAGGUACAAAUCGCGCAGUAUGGUUACGGUGUGCAUUACGAUUUUGUGGAUCCCAAACAACUAUUCCCAACUCUGGAAACGAAAUUAGUGAAGGGAUUAUUCCUUGCUGGUCAAAUUAAUGGAACUACGGGAUAUGAAGAGGCUGCUGCCCAAGGCGUAGUUGCGGGUAUUAAUGCAGCUGCGCGUACUCGAGAAGAGGAGGGCAUGGUUAUUCGUCGUAGUCAAGGGUAUAUUGGUGUACUUAUUGACGAUUUAACAAGUUUGGGUACGAAUGAGCCAUACCGGAUGUUCACAUCGCGUGCAGAACAUAGACUUCAUCUCAGACCAGAUAACGCCGAUAUGAGGCUUACAGAACUUGGACGCAAGUGGGGUUCAGUGGGGACUGCUCGAUGGUCUCGAUUCCUUGCUAAUAAACGAGCCAUUGACACUUUAACUUCUGAACUGAAAGAUAUCCGGUUGAGUCUGGCAAAGUGGUCACAGGUCUUCCCUUCAUACCAAUGGAAGAAUCCGGCUAAAGUGUUGUCUGCCUAUGAAAUGGUUCACCGUCACAACGUUUCUUUGGGUGAGAUGAAAACUAAUCUGGAAGAGCGUCUAAGAUGCGAAGGUAGCUAUGAAGCAGCGCACAAGAGGAUGAAAGUAAAGAUGCAAGAAAUAGAUCGAGAAUCGAGCACUUCAAUCCCUGAUGAUAUAGAUUACAGUAGCCUACCUGGCUUGAGUAUGGAAUGCCAGGAGAAAUUGGACCGUGCUCGUCCACUCAGUCUUGGUGCUGCUUCCAGAAUUCCUGGUGUUACACCAGAAGCUAUUAUUACCGUUCUACGUUAUUUGAAACGGCCAAACAGGUUAUCUCAAUCUGAGUAG